CAUUUCCUUUAUUAUUUGCCUUAUUUCCCCUCUCACCAAUCACUCUCUUCUUUCCGAACUUUUAUCCUCCUCCAUUGGCGUGGGGCGAGUGCGCAGAGCCGAGUUGGACGAGUAGCGAGUGCGCAGUGUGGAGGCCGAUCCCUUGGCGUCGUGACGUGUGCGUGCGAGAGCGAGAGAGAGUGCGAGAACCGUGUCAUGAAUAGUGUGCAUGUCGGAAAAUCGGCAAAAUGACGGAUUUACCGACGGAUGUGGAGGUGGCGGAGGAGUAUCGUUCGUCGCUGUCAGAUCUGACGAUGAACUCGAAGCCCAUGAUAACGAUGCUGACGAUGCUGGCCGAGGAGAACCGCUCGCACGCGGCGGUCAUCGUCGGGGUGAUCGAGAAGCACAUCCAGCAGGCAUCACCAAACCAUAGAUUGCCUGUGAUGUAUUUAAUCGACUCCAUAAUGAAGAAUGUUGGUCGAGAGUAUAUCAAGUUGUUUGCACUUAAUAUUAUUACAACCUUCAGCUGUGUUUUUGAAAAGGUGGAUGAAAGGACACGUAAAAAAUUAUAUGAGCUAAGACAUACAUGGAAUGAAGUAUUCCCUAAGUCUCGCUUGUAUGGUCUGGAUGUAAAAAUUCAGACAAUAGAUCCAGCCUGGCCAUUGGCCACAGGAUCUUCUGCAGCAUCCCAGGCUGUCAGCAAACCAAAUAUUCAUAUUAAUCCUAAUAUUAUUAAGCCUGGUGUAGUGAAAGGAUCGCCAUCUUUAUCUUCAAGUGGUGGACACAAGGGCCAGAAGGACCUUGAGAUCCUCAAGCGGGAGGAGCAGCUCUUGGCACUUGAGCGACAAAAACUGGAAUUGGAAAAGAAGAAAAUUCUUUUGGAGCAGAGUCGCCAUCAAAAACAGGAAAUAAAACCAGCCAAAGUGGAACCAGAGAAGCCUCCUGUCAAGCCAGCAGAGGACCUAAGUAUAUCCAGUGAACGACGCUCUGAAUUCCUUCGCAGUUACAAGAUAAAGAAAAAGGCCCAGAAUAAGGAAGAAGUGCAGGUGGGCACAACCAUCCAUGUUGACCCAAGGCGUGUUCAUCAGGUUCUGCCAGUGGUUGCGGCAACUGGACCAGUUGCUCCACGUGACCCUAGACGGGCAAAUGAAAGCAACAAAGAUCCAAGGAUACCACAUGAAAAUUCAAGGGAUCCUAGAAUAUCUGAAGGUUCUCGUGAUCCAAGAAUUUCAAGUGAAAAUGUCAGGGAUCCGAGACUUGGUUCAGAAAUUUCAAGUAACAAUAUAAAACCAAACAAACAAAGUGAUACACAAGUUACUUCUUCAAGAGAUCCAAGAAUAGUAGCCAAGGAACGUGAGAAAGAUAAAUUGAAAGAUCAACGAAAGACUAAGAAAGAUUCACCAACCAAAAUCAAAAAAGAAAAAGAUAUCAAGCCUACAAAGAUUGACUCGCGAUCAUCGAGGUCAGCUCAUCGGGAAAAAGAGAAAGAAAAAGAAGAAAAAGAAAAGGAGAAAGAGAAGGAGAAGAAGGAGAAAGAAAUAUCUGUUUCAUCUUCAAAGUCGAGCUCAAGCCACAUAAAGAAACCCCCAGAACCUGUACCGCCUACAGAAGAGGCAGAGAAUACUGCCUCUUUCAAGAGCAGCCGUAAAAGUAAGAGAAGAGCCUAUAAACCCCGUGAGGAUAGUCCAGAGGAAGCCACUUCACCAUCCAGCAGUGGGAAGCGAUCCCGUGCAGAUCGAGACUCAGAUUCAGAUGAUAGUGACCAUUACCAGGCUAAUAAACCAAACCCUGCAUUGUACAAUAAGAAGGCUAAGAAGCCAGAAGUCAGCAGCCCCGCCACAACAACAGCUCCAGCCACUAUUGGUGACACUGACUACCGGCAGUUCACAUCCCCUCCAAAACGCCCUGCCACCACUACCACUGACGAAAAUGUUUCUCCCCCAAAGAAGGAUUGUAUUAUGGAUGAGGAGUCUCCUGAAGCAGAGCAAGGACUGGGGGAGUUCUCCUGA